UCUUGCGCUUAAAUACUUGAAAAACUUUGCUGUGUCAGCUUGCAAGAUAACAGAUUAAGGUUAGCCAAUCUCAAGUUCUUUCGGUUGAUAGAGAAAUGGCUAUAAAGAAAAACGGGUUCAUUCCAAGUUCUGCACCAGAAGAAUUGAAGAAAGUUUUGAAAGAAGUGGCAGCUGAAUGGGGAGAUACGAUACAAGAUAUAGAAGAAUUUGAUGUGAUUCCACUGAAGGGAGCAAUGACUAAUGAGGUUUUUCAGAUAAUCUGGCCUAAAAAUCAUGGAGAUCGUCAUCUCAAGGUGUUGGUCCGGAUUUAUGGUGAAGGUGUCGAACUGUUCUUCAAUAGGAAUGAUGAAAUUAGGACCUUUGAGUACAUGUCCAACCACGGUCAAGGACCUAGGCUUCUUGGGCGGUUUCCGAAUGGAAGGAUCGAGGAAUUCAUUCAUGCCAGGGCGCUUUCUGCAGCUGAUCUCCGCGACCCUGAAAUAUCUUCUCUUAUAGCAGCUAAAUUGAGAGAGUUCCACAAUCUUGACAUGCCUGGUCCGAAGAAUGUACUUCUCUGGGAGCAAUUGAGGACUUGGCUUAGUCAGGCAAAGAAGAUCUGUUCCCUGAGAACUACUAAAGAAUUCAGAUUGGACAUUCUCGGGGAGGAAAUCAGCUUCCUUGAGAAAGAGUUAACAAAGGGCUGUCAAGAAAUUGGGUUUUGUCACAAUGAUUUGCAAUAUGGUAACAUAAUGAUGGAUGAAGAGACAAGAGCAAUUACCCUAAUUGACUAUGAGUAUGCAAGCUAUAAUCCUGUUGCUUAUGACCUUGCAAAUCACUUCUGCGAGAUGGCUGCAAAUUAUCAUUCUGAGACACCCCAUAUUUUGGACUACAGCAUAUACCCUGAUAUAAAGGAGCGCCGAAGAUUCAUCUCUUCGUAUCUGGCAUCUUCUGGAAAUGAACUCAGUGAUGCCAUAGUGGAGCAGCUACUCAUCGAUGCUGAGAAAUAUACUCUUGCUAAUCAUCUGUUUUGGAGCUUAUGGGGAAUAAUCUCGGGUCAUAUAAACAAGAUAGACUUCAACUACUUGGAGUAUGCACGGCAGAGGAUUCAACAAUACUGGUUAACGAAGCCCUUGCUCUUGGGUUCCUGACUCUCAGGGCUUAGUAGCCUCAAAAUGCAGCCAUAGAUUUGUACAGGUUAUGUAGCAGUAUAAACCUAGUGUGUCGAUGGUGUCCUAUCGCUCUUACUCGGACUUGGAUGUCUUAAAUAUAUAUAUCUCAUAUUGUGUUCGGCAUGGGCAUGUUAAAUUUGUUCUAAAGUUUUGUCAUGUAUUUAAAAGUACACUUUUUUUUUU